AUGUUUUCCUUGACAAGGGUAAGGGCAAUUCAAUGCUUAUCUAAGUGUAAACAAAUACACACAACCCUUGUAAGUUUUGACACUCAAAAAACUGAAAAGACUAUCAAUCAAGUUACAUUACUGGGGAGAGUUGGAGCUGAUCCACAAAAAAGAGGCACAGAAGAGCAUCCAGUAAUAAAUUUUCCGCUUGCUACACAUUUUAGUUAUAAAUAUGAAUCUGGUGAUAUACUACAAAGGACUGAUUGGCACAGAAUCAGUAUUUUUAAGCCAGGUUUAAGAGAUACUGUGUACAAGUAUCUGAAGAAAGGUCAAAGGGUGUAUGUUACUGGAAAAUUAUCAUAUGGUGAAGUAAAAUUAGAUGAUGGACAAGUAAGAUCUGCAUCUACUGUUAUAGCAGAUGAUGUUAUCUUUUUUCAAACACAGCAUACAGAAAAUUAA